AUGAACACUCUCCGGCAAUAUUACCGGCCACUAGCCCGCCACGCCACCCGCGCCCUCCCCGCCCAGCGGCGCCUCCUCGCCUCCGACGCACCUACCCUAUACACCGCGACCGCCACCACGCAGGGCCCGCGCGGCGGGAACAUCAACGGCAGCGAGGGCUUCCAGGCCGCGUACGUGAUGCCGAAAGCUCUCGGGGGUCCCGGUGGCGAGCGCAAGACGAACCCGGAGGAGCUGCUGGCCGCGGGGUACAGCAACUGCUUCCAGGUGGCGAUGAACCUGGCGGCGAUCAGCUUGAAGAGGCGUCUGCCGGGGGGUUGUCAGGUGAAGGCGGCGGUGGAGCUGCUCGGGAGCAUCAAGGAGAUGGAUAUGGGGUUCAGGGUCGGGCUGGAGGUGCGCGCAAAGGGCAUGGGGAAGGGGGAGCUGGAGGAGGUGGUGGAAAAGGCGAGGGAGAUUUGCCCGUAUUACAGGGCAAUGCACGGGCAGGUCGAGACGAACAUAAAGGUAUUAAGCGAUUAA